AACCAAACAGAUUGUGACAUAAACAUGCGAUGGAAGGAAAUAGGUUGACUGAGAGAGAUGGUGAAGAAGUGGUCCGGGUCCGAGUUCUAGUUUAUGAUUACAAGGUGCAGCAACUUUGUUGCUUGCUAUGAAGACGGAUCAAUGUUAGUUAACUGCUUCUAAUCCGCCUCCCAAACAAAACAAAAAACUUCCCUCAGUAAAAUUAGAGACUAAGAUGGGUUGUUUUUCUUUGAAAAUCGUCAAGAUUACAUAUAGAACGUUUGGAGUGUAAUGAGAAUAACUUGGUUAGGUGCCAAUUUAUGCCUAAAAUGCCAGACAAGUUUGCAUGUGGUGAUCGGAGUCUAGUUUCAGUUGUGGCUUAUGUUAAUUCAAUUUCCCUGGUUUGAUUAUCCAUUUCCACAUAGUUAGUGUCAUGUUGACAAAAAAAAAAAAUUAGAUUUAGGGUCUAUACAAAUACUGUUUAGUCUUCAAAUAUAAGCAUUUUGAAUUGCAAAAGAAAAAAAUACUAAAUAAAAUUAAUUCAAACAAAAGCUUUCAAUAGAUUACCUUAGUGUUAUUCAAUAGGUGAUUUAAAAUCAAUUUUCAAGUUUUGCAAUCAAAUAAAAUUCCAAAUGUAAAUAUAGUUUUUAGUCAAUGAAUUCUAAAAUCUCUACAGUUUACCUUAGAUUUAGAUUUCAAUUAUUUAUUCAUCGAAAUCCACCACAAAUGAUUUGAAAUCAAUUUUAAAUACCAAAUCUUUCUAAAUUCUUUGAAGUUGAAUAACACUAAAUUUUAAAUUUUAGAUUUAAAUUAUUCGCUGAAUAAUACCAAUUUAAAUUAGAUUUAUAAAUACCAUAUCCAAUAAUACUAGAUUUUAAAAUAGAAUUUAGAAUCAUCAUUUGAAUAACAUUAAAUUUUACUUAGAUUUAAAUUCUAUUAAAAUAUAUUAUUGAAUAACACAGGAAAAGAACCCAAUUCAAUCAAAAGUUGACCAUUUAACAUUUGGCAAAAAAUUAAUUAAUAUUCAAAAUACACUAACAUUUGAAAUUUAAUGUAUUUCUAUGUUUGCAUUAUCAUACUAAUUAUUAUGUUGAAUUUUAUUGUAUUUCCAAAAAAAGUUAUUGACUUUUCUGCGAAAGCGUGCGAGUCUUAAGUUUAUAUGGGAGUCUUAAUGUGUAUAUAAGACUUGUUAGCUGUUGUUAUAUGACAGAUAUCUACACCUUAUUUUAAAAACUUCACUUCCUAAAUAAUAAAAGUUAAAGAUAUUUGUUUUCAUCUUCUUCGUAUUUCACUAUGGCAGAUGAGAGACCUAACCGCCCUAUGGUGAGGAUAGAUUGGUCGAAUCUUCUUCCUGAACUUUUGAGAUUGGUAAUGUUUCGUCUCCUUGUGAAAGAUACCAUAUGUGCAUCCGCAGUCUGUAAGGCAUGGUAUGAAUCUAGUGUUUCUUGUCUGAUGAAUAACCGUCGUCCAUGGUUUAUGAAAUACUCUUUAACAUCACAUAGAGGGCCUUGUGAGUGGUAUGAUCCCAUGCAGAGGAUGUCAUACCUCACAUAUAUCCCAGAAAUAAUAGGCAUGUCGGUCUAUCACGCAAAAGAUGGUUGGUUGCUUAUGUACAAAGAUGGUUCAUCCGAGUCAUUCUUCUUCAACCCAUUUACUCGAAAGCUUAUAAAUCUGCCUAGUUGCGAAGAUUAUAACGAAUCUGCGGCUUUCACAUGUGCACCCACGUCAGAAGGUUGUUUGGUUUUUGGUGUGACAAACAUCGACAGAGACAACAACUUUGUUGGAAUCAACACUCUUAAGAUUGGAGAAACCAAAUGGGAGACUACUCAUUUUAAGAGUUUUGGAGGUCUUUUCACUUCUAAAAUCAAUAUUAUUUUUUUGGAAGGUCUCGUUCACUGUUUUGGUUGGUUAGAUUGGAUUCCGGUUUUUGAUCCAUCCAACCGAACCUUGGUCAACCACAUGGCAGAAUAUGAUAGGAGCCUCGAACUUUCAUCUGGAUGUUACUUUGUAGAGAUAAAAGGAGAUAUCUUCUUCGUAAAAACAGGUGGUGAGAAGCUACGAUUUUUUAGAUUAAAUCGAAAUGAUAAAGGUUGGAGUUGGGAAGAGAAGGACAAAAUUGAUGAAACGUCAACGAUCUUCGGGGCUUCUUGCGGAUCUGUAUGUAGAUCAGACCUUCCAACCAGUUUGAGAAACAAGCUACUCUUAUCCAAUGCACCUCACCCGAUGAUCAAAACUUAUUUUUUUGAUGGAGAAAAGUAUCUCACAAAUGAUUCAGGCACUCCGUUUUGGGAUAGACAUCCCAAAUAUCAAUGUGUUUGGAUUGAACCUCCCAAACAAUGCAUAGAUUUUAUUUGAGUCAAGCAUUUGACAAAGAUAGCUCUGCAAAACUUUUAUUUUCUUGUUGUUUCUGGUUUAUUGUUGUCAAGUUGGUUUUGUUUUAUUUUAUUAUACAUUUCAGUUAUAUCUAUGUUUCUGCUAAAUCUAUAAAAUAAUUUGGAAAAGAAUAAUUUACUGUACUUACAAUUGAUUAUCCAAAAAUCAUAACAAUGUUUUUUUUUUGUUUUUUACGACUUAAUACAGAAUUAGUGUUUCUUAAAAAUAUAUCAGAAUACUAAAGGUUAUUGCUCUAAUAUCCUUUUUGUUUGUAUUAUUUGUAAAAAGAUCAAAUGUCUAUAAACCCUAAAGAUAAACCAUUAAUCUUAUGUUGAUGAAAAAACAUUUGAUCUUAUGUUGCAAUAGAAAUUCUAAUAAGAUGAAUUUUGUAAUAACACCAAAAAUUAACACUAAAUUCUGAAAAAACCUUUUCAAAAAAUUAAAA